UCCUGGCCGCCAUUAAAGAAUUCAAUCCAUGAACUGAAAUAAUGGAAAUCUGCAGGACCCAUGAAUCAGUGAGAUAAGAGCAGGCGAUGAGUAGUGGGUUAAAUUUGACCUCUCGUUCAUUUUAGGGUUGGUUUUACUAUGUCGGAGCGCCGCGGUGGUUUUAGCGAAAAUGAGGGCGGUGUAGCUAAUUGUUUUAUUUAGCUGGCUGGCUAACGCUGGAGCUGUGGUAUGUUAGCCUGUGUGCUAGCAAGCUAAGAGAUCAGGGGGAGGGGAGAGUUCCUUUGCUUUGAAAUUGUUUCAGACCAGCUAGCUAGCAUUAGCCGUAGCUAACCGGGGGAGACUAAGCUUUUUGAGGUGAAGUUUUUAGCUUGCGAUCUCCUGUAUUUUUCAUUGCGCACGCAGUUUUCCCGGUGUUUAGUUGAAGCCUAGCCUGCCCAUGUCAUGUUAACGAUGCCAGUUUGAUGUUGAGGUUAUGUAGCGAGCAGGCGGCUAACUAGAUCAGACAAUACAUUUCAAAUAGGAUUGAUGAAUCCAGUAGCUGGGGGCUUACAGUUGACGCUGUCCAGCAUUAGCUUAGCUCUGAAGCUAGCGGUGGCUAGCGCCGGUUAAAAGUUGUGUGUUUGCCUAGCGGCGGCUAGCUGCCUGCUGCCGUCUGCGCUUUUAGCGAACAAUUACAACUAAAUAAGGUUAGCGCGUAGCCUGCAAGUUAGCCCGACAACUUCUUCCUCCUCAUGGUGAUUGAGACAAUGGACUGUAACGUUACAACAACGCAGUGAAAAGGAUGAGUUCGUGCUUUGUACCAAACGGGGCCAGUUUGGAGGACUGCCACUCCAACCUAUUUUGCUUGGCUGAUUUGACUGGGAUAAAAUGGAGGCGUUUCGUGUGGCAAGGACCCACCUCUUCACCCAUCCUUUUCCCUGUGACUGAGGAGGACCCCAUCUUGUGCAGUUUCAGCCGAUGCUUAGCGGCAGAUGUGCUGAGCGUGUGGAGAAGGCACCACACCCCAGGUCGCAGAGAGCUCUGGCUUUUCUGGUGGGGAGACGACCCCAGUUUUGCUGAGCUCAUCCAUAAUGAGCUCUCAAGUGAAGAGGAUGGCGAGUGGGAGAGCGGGCUGUCCUACGAGUGUCGCACCCUCCUGUUCAAAGCCAUCCACAACCUGCUGGAGCGCUGUCUCAUGAACCGCGGCUUUGUCCGCAUCGGCAAGUGGUUUGUGAAGCCCUACCAGAAGGAGGAGAAGCCCAUUAACAAAAGUGAGCACCUGUCGUGUGCCUUCACCUUCUUUGUGCAUGGCGACAGCAAUGUGUGCACAAGUGUGGAGAUUGCCCAGCAUCAGCCUGUCCAGCGACUGAGCGAAGAGCACCUCAGCCUCGCCCAGCAGAGUUCCAGCCCCUUGCAAGUCAUCCUGAGCCCCUUCGGCUUGAAUGGGACCCUCACAGGCCAGGCCUUUAAGAUGUCAGACCACCCGACUCAGAAGCUGAUUGAGGAGUGGAGGCAGUUUUAUCCCAUCAGCCCCAGUCCCAGAGAGAUUCAGGAAGACAAGAUGGAGGAUUCGGACUGGGAGGACGACUCGCUGGCUGCUGUGGAGGUCCUCGUCGCGGGAGUCAGGAUGGUUUACCCUGCCUGCCUGGUGCUCAUCCCCCUGUCAGACCUCCCUGCUGUGGUCCCGCAGGGCUCAGCCAACACCUCAGGAAGCCUGUGUGGUGCCCAGCAGGGCCAGGCUGCGCACAGAGACCCUGCCAUGUCCUCUGUCACUCUGACUCCUCCAACAUCACCAGAGGAGGCUCAGACCGAUUACCAGCCUGCACAGAGGUGGCUAAAACUGUCCUCUGCGUCUGAUGGCUACAGCUCUAAUAGUGGAGGUCUCCAUGGGGGGAAAAUCCCACGGGGCCUUGCCAGCCAGGUGGUGGAGUCUGUGUGGCAGGAGUACAACAUCAGCCGUGCUGAGAACAAGAGGAAAUAUUCUACCUUGACCAAUGGGACCUGUGAAGAGGAGGCAGACAAAACCGGACUUUGGGAUUUUGUGGAACCGACGUACAGGGCACAUUGCAAUUGCUCAAGGCAUAAGAAUCAGAAACAGCGAUCCAGCAGUACCUCAGGACACCCGCCUUCAUCAGGCCAGCCCCCGCAGCCGGCCCCCAAGUACAAAUUGGGGGAGAAGCUGGAGAAGGGCGAGAAGCAGCAGAAGCGGCCGCAGACGCCUUUUCACCACCGCAGCUCUGUGAGUGAGGAGCAGUCCCUUGAGCCACAGGCCCAGAGGCUUUGCCUACGAGCGCAGGAAGAGGGCUCCUAUCCCAGCCUGCACCAUGUGGAUACGGCCCCCUCCAAAGCCCCCACGCUGCACAGCCACGGCCCUCCUGCCGAUCUGGCCGGCUCCCCCCAGCCCCCUCCCCUUAGCCCCCAUCCCUGUGACCAUGUAGAGGGUGACCCAGGUGCCAUGAAGAGCUCUUCCACACCCAUUCACCAGCCUUUCUACCCCCCAUCAGUGGAGCCUUGCCUGGUGCCCCAGAAGGCCUCCUCUGAGGAGCCUCAGCUAGAUCCCAUGCCUGUGCCUCUGCCCUUCCCCCCAGCAUACACCGAGACCCUGGAGCCCACAGUCUUUGUGGGAUCAGCCAUCAACCCUCAUGAAGAUUCCACCCACAAUCCCUGGAAAUACUUCAGUCUGCCCAGGAGGAGGACCUCUGACUUCCUCCCACCCCAGCUACCUGUGGACAAAAUACGAGAUGAUUCUGGAGGAGGUGGAGGAGCCGAGAGUGUUGUGUCUGUCACUGAGUUGAUGUCGGGCUCCACGCGGACCCUGAAAGUAUCUCAGGAGCUGGUUAAGGUUUACGCUCAGCGGAGAAACAGCCAUCUUGCUUCCGCCACAGCGGAUGGAGACCACAGUGAAGAGCCAGACCCUUACGCUUUCGAAGAGGGAGACGACGAGUUCAGCUUCACUGAGAAGAAGGACAAGCCUGGGGCCGAAAGAGAGGGCAACAGGAAACAAAAGGGGGACGAUGGAAUUGGAACUUCAGCUGAUGAUGGCCAAGGAUCCUCAGGCAGCAAACCUACAGCAUCCACCAGCCUGAUCCAUGAGAAUGACCUGGCUGUGUCCUUCAGCGAUCUGGACAAAAUCUUCAAUUCUGAUGAAGAUGAGCUAGCGCCUGGAACCCGAAGGGCUGGUGUUGGUGCAGAGGAGAAGUUUGGCUCUAAGGAAGCUAAACCAGCCACUUUGGACCCCCUGUCUUGCAUAAGCUCAGCAGACCUGCACCAGAUGUUUCCCACCCCGCCUUCCCUGGAGCAGCACAUCAUGGGAUACUCUCCCAUGAACACCGGGGGCAAGGAGUAUGGUAGCCUGGAAGCAGGGGCAGGCCUCACACUGUUGGAUGGAAGCCAGCUCAACAACCACUUUAAAAUGGAGGUGGAAGAGGGUUUCUGCAGCCCGAAGCCUUCUGAAAUCAAGGACUUCUCUUUCGUGUACAAGCCAGACGCUUGUCAGCCAUUCAUAGGCUGCUCCAUGUAUGCCCCUCUGAAGACGUUGCCCAGCCAGUGUCUAUUGCCUAUCAAGCUGCCAGAAGACUGUGUGUACACGCCCAGCUGGACCUUGGGCAAAAUGGAACUUAUACCCCCUGUUUCAACCAUGAGUCUCCUCACCAAAGACAGUAACAUCCCCAGUGUGGAGCCGGACUACAGCCAGAGCUACACCCCUCAGACCCACACGCCCUUCAUGUCCAACAGCGCCCCGCCCAGCAACAGCGGCACGGGCAUCCUGCCCUCCCCAGCCACACCACGUUUCUCCGUCCCCACCCCUCGUACACCCCGCACUCCACGGACACCCCGCGGCCCAUCCAGCGUCCAGGGCUCGCUCAAGUAUGACAACUCCGACCUUUAUUCACCUGCCUCCACGCCCUCCACCUGCCGACCCCUCAGCUCAGUGGAGCCAGCCACCGUACCCUCCAUUCCAGAGGCGCACAGCCUCUACGUCACACUCAUACUCUCAGAGUCAGUUAUGAAUCUCUUCAAGGACUGUAACUUCGACAGUUGCUGCGUGUGUGUCUGCAACAUGAACAUCCGGGGAGCCGAUGUCGGGGUGUACCUCAAGGACAACGGCGAGGCCCAGUAUCCCUGCACUUGUGGCUUCAGUGCUGUCACCAACCGUCGCUUUGGACAGUCCGCGGGGCUCUUCCUGGAGGACGAGCUGGAUGUGGUGGGACGGGGCUCAGACGCCAGUCGGGAUACAGAGCGGUGUUUUGAGGAACUGCGAGCCUCCUCCAUGCACAAGGCUAGCAGCCUGAAGGAGAAGCCUCCAGAUGAGCUUAUUCUGCUGCUGCAGGACCAGUGUACCAACCCGUUUGCCCCUAUGGCAGGUGUGGAGUACCCCAGGCCUGUGAGUUCAGCCCCCAGCUCUUUCCUGCGGGUUGAAGAGAGAGACUGUUACAAUGACUGCUACAUGGCACUGGAGCAUGGCAGGCAGUUUAUGGACAAUAUGUCAGGAGGCAAAGUAGACGAAACACUAGUGAAAAGCACCUGUCUUCAUCAGUGGCCAAAACGAAAAUCUGCAGAUAUGAGCAAGUUAUAUUCUCAGGACGUCCUGCGGGUGUUGCUGUCCCUCCAGCCUGUGCUCCAGGACACCAUUCAGAAAAAGCGGAGUGUGCGCUCUUGGGGCGUGCAGGGACCGCUCACCUGGCAACAGUUUCACAAAAUGGCUGGGAGGGGAUCCUAUGGUACAGAUGAGUCUCCAGAGCCCUUGCCCAUCCCUACCUUUUUGGUGGGUUAUGAGUAUGAUUUUGUGGUGCUGUCUCCCUUCGGGUUACCCUACUGGGAGAAGCUUCUGCUAGAUCCUUUUGGCUCCCAGAGGGAUGUGGGCUAUGUUGUCAUCUGCCCAGAGAAUGAGGCUCUGCUCCGUGGAGCUAAGACCUUCUUCAAGGACCUGACUGCUGUGUAUGAGGCGUGCCAGCUCGGCCAGCACAGGCCCAUCUGUAAGACUCACCCAGAGGGCAUAUUGAAGGUCUGCACCACAGAGGGCAGGAGCACGGCAGAGCAGCCCCUUAGCGAUUGGUUCCUUAAGAUGACUGCCAGAGAUGGGAACAAUGAAGCCUUUAAUAAGCUCAAACUCUUUGCUCAAGUGUGCCGCUAUGAUCUGGCUCCAUACCUGUCGGACCAGUCUCUAGACAGCUCUCUACUGUCUCAGCGCAACCCCACUGUGGCCUCCUCCUCCUCCCAGACCUCCAGCUCUUCCAGCACCUCCUCAGGACCCCAGAGCACCAACACUACCAACUCCAGCACCAGCUCUGCCCAACCUGCCCAAGUCAACAGCACCCCUCCCUCUUCCUCCUCAGGCCCCCAGAACAUUGGGGCAAUGGCCUCUGCCAAACCAAGCUCCUAUGCCCCUUUUGGGACAUCAACAGGCUUGCAGGGUGGCGCCUCUCAAAACGGACCCCAGUCAAACCCCCAGGGACCAGUGGGUCUGGGAGAAAAUGGACCCAAUGCCAGCCAGCCUGCGGGGACCACUGAAACAGCAGAGAGCACAAUGGAGAGAGACAAAGUGGGCAAGCCAACAGACGGGGAGUCCCAUGCCGUCUCCUACCCUCCUGCCAUCGUGGUGUACAUCAUAGACCCCUUCAGCUAUGAGGAUGCUGACCGAGAAGUCCACUCAAGUACCUACACACUGGGCCUGCUGCGCUGCUACCUGGAGAUGCUCCAGUUCCUGCCUCCUCACAUCAGAAACGCUGUCUCAGUGCAGAUCAUUCCCUGCCAGUACCUGCUGCAGCCUGUGCGCAGUGGGGAGCGCCACCUUUACGGCCAGCACCUCAAGUCUCUGGCCUUCUCCGUCUUCACUCAGUGUCGCCGGCCUCUGCCCACCUCCACCAACUUCAAGGCCCUGACUGGCUUCGGGCCUGGUCUGGCAAUUGACACGGCGCUCAAAAGCCCAGAGAGGCCCGAGUGUCUGCGUCUGUACACGCCCCCCUUCAUCUUGGCACCAGUCAAAGACAAACAGACAGAGCUGGGGGAGACGUUUGGCGAAGCGUCCCAGAAGUACAAUGUCCUGUUUGUGGGCUACUGCCUUUCCCAUGAUCAGCGCUGGCUGCUGGCCUCCUGCACCGACCAACAUGGAGAACUGCUGGAGACCUGCAUCAUCAGUAUCGAUGUGCCCAACAGGGCUCGUAGGAAAAAAGGCUCAGCCAGGCGACUGGGUCUGCAGAAGCUGUGGGAGUGGUGUCUGGGCCUGGUGCAGGUGACCUCACUGCCAUGGAGGGUAGUGAUUGGACGACUUGGAAGAAUGGGCCACGGCGAGCUUAGAGACUGGAGCAUUCUGCUGAGCAGGAGGAACCUGCAGUCUCUCAGCAAGCGGCUGAAGGAGACAUGUAGGAUGUGCGGCAUCUCUGCUGCUGACACUCCCAGCAUCCUCAGUGCCUGCUUGGUUGCCAUGGAGCCCCAGGGCUCCUUUGUCAUCAUGCCAGAUUCUGUGUCGACAGGUUCAGUGUUCGGUCGCAGCACCACACUCAACAUGCAGACGUCCCAGCUGAGUACACCUCAGGACACAUCUUGCACACACAUCCUGGUGUUCCCCACCUCAGCCAUGGUGCAGGUCAACACCAACACCACCGAGCCCAUUGACAUCAACUUCAAUCCCAUCAAUCCUGAUGGAUCUGAUGGAAUGGGCCUCUUUGACCUGUUUGACAAUGACAUGGUGGACCCGGACCUCAUCAACAUCCUGCCCAACUCCCCCACCACCUCCCCUGUACACUCUCCCGGGUCUCACUAUCACCAGGGGGGAGACGGCAGCAAGGGCCAGAGUGCAGAUCGUAUGGAGUCCCAUGAGGAAGCCCUGAACAUCCUGCAGCAGCCGAUGGCGCUGGGCUACUUCAUCUCCACAGCCAAGGCCGGACCUCUCCCCGACUGGUUCUGGUCUGCCUGCCCUCAAGCCCAGAACCAGUGCCCACUCUUCCUCAAGGCCUCUCUGCACCUGCAUGUGUCUUCUGUCCAAUCAGAUGAGCUUCUGCACAGUAAACACUCCCAUCCCCUGGAUUCCAACCACACCUCUGAUGUACUCAGAUUUGUGCUGGAGCAGUACAACGCCCUCUCCUGGCUGACAUGCGACCCUGCAACCCAGGACCGGCGCUCCUGUCUGCCUGUUCACUUUGUGGUGCUCAACCAGAUGUACAACUUUAUCAUGAACAUGCUCUGAACUCUAAUCUGACGGCUGAGGUUUGAUUUGAUGGAUCACUCAGUUUCAUGAUGAAAAUUUUUUUUGCUACAAAGGAUCCCGACUAAAUGGACCUCGAGCUCCAUCAGGGUAGAUGUGGAGAAUGCACUCCCCUCCCUGGUGUAUCUCACACAACACUGACUGACUGGAAGUUUCCAAUCAACAAAUCAAUCAAUCAAAUGCCAAGAAUCCAUUUUAGCAUUUUGGAUGAUCAAGGGACAUUUCAUAAAGGAAAAUAAAUUGUCUUUUUAAUGACUGUAGAUUGCAAUCUAUGAAAUUUUAUCCUAAUGAAAUGCCUGCAUAUAUUAUUUAUUGUAAGUUUUUAAAUGUGGAAUUUUUAAUGCUUAAUAUCUUUUAUAUAUUACAAAUCCUAGAGGGUGUGUAUAUUGCCAUCUCACUGUAAAGGAAUUGGUUUAAAAAGUGAUGUAAUUUUCUCAAUUACAAUACGGAAAAACCUGUUCAAGUGAAUUUGCUGUAGAUUGCUUUUAGAGUAUUAUUUUUUCAAAGGGUACAGACCUUUUUAUUGCCAUGCUGUAAAAAUGAAGUAAGCUGGCUUGGGCAUUUGCGUCCCACCCAAUGAGUGGAUGAGACUUACCUCUCUGUCUGCUUUGUGUGCCAGAGUCUCUCGCACAGUAACUCAAUGAGCUCUGAAGAGGAAUAAAAGGUACAUUGUCAGAUUAUAUAUUUUAUAUAACAGAUUUAGGUAAUUGUGUGUGUAUAUGUGUACAUAUAAUUGUGUGCCGCUACUGAUGGUGCAGCUUCUGUUUUAGGAAUAAAGUGCGUCUACCUAU